AUAACUCGGUAGAACGAUGAUAGAGAGAGAGAGAAAGCGAAAGGGUGGGAAAUAAUUCGGGCGCUGCGGCGGCCGUGGGAGUCGCGCCGCUACUUCCGAGGAAACAGCAUCCUGAGGGAUAACACCUCGUGGCGAUCGUUCUAGAUAGCAGGAAGGCAGCCUAAUCGAGAUGUCGAGGCCAAUCCUUAGCAGGCCGCGCACGUUCAUCUACGGCAGCAACUACGACAAGGGCGAGUCCUACUACAAGCCCAUGGUCGACCACCUAGACCGGAAGUACAGUGCGCGGCCGUUGUUCCCGGAGCCGAGAAACUCUAUUGCCGACGAGAUCGCGGCGCGCCGUAGCGACAUCGGCACGCGCGACCUCUCCGGUCCCCGCACCGGCUCCCUCGGCCGCGACCUUGACCUCGACCUCGACCCCCGUACCCGCUCGUCCCAACUACCGCCCCUGCUCGACCCCCUGCUACCCCCUGACGAUGAGGACACCGUCUACGACAGCCGUGGGCAACGUAUCUCAGCGCGUCGCAGGAUGGGCGAAGAUUUCGCGGAUGAGGUGGCAUCGACAACACGUCGCUUCCGGGCCCGGGUAGCGGCGAUGAAUCUCGAGGACGAGCUUGAGACCACGACAACCGCGGGUCAGGCCAGAAGAAGCGCCGCCGACCUCCUGGAGAACGCGGUGACCGCCAGGAAGGGCGCUAGAGCCGCGAUCGAGGACGUCGAGAGCGGCUUCAAGAGGCGCUCGAGGCUCUUCGACGAGAUCGAGCGCGCCGACGAGGGUAAGCCCGCGUUCGCCAGGUGGUCCAAGCUGAUCAAUGAGGACGAGGACCUGGCGCAGACCAGUGCGGCCGCCAGCAGAGCCAAGCAGACGAAGGCGCGUCUACAAGACCUCGAGUCCGAGAUGGAGGAGCUCGCCGAGAGACAAGCCAAGCGAGAACGCAGGGCGGCAGCCCUUAGGGCGCUGGUGAACGAGAACGCCGCGGCGUCCGACGCCGACAUCGUUCAGCAACAGGCGGUCAGCAAGAAGGUGCGCAGCAGCGAACGCGUGGAGAAGCACGUCAGCUUCUAGACGAGCGGAGGAAUCCGACGAUCUAUCAUAAUUACGAGAGUGUCUUACGAUCGAUUACGAUCGAUGCAUCGAGUGUUUUAAGACUGAAGGCGAUUGAGCUCAAGAUCAGAACCACGCUACUACGCUGCUACAGAAAACAUUGGAUUGUAUAGACUUCAAUAAUGUAUUUAAUCUUGCGAUGAUGUAUUUUACUUCAAUGGAAUUUUUAAAUUACUUGAUCAUUGUAAUCAUAUCCACAUUUUGCGCAAAAGUCUUUAGUUCUUCCAGUUUUCGCUUUGGGCCGGUCCGUUGCACGCGUAAGACACUCCGUUGUACUUUAUAAUAUAUAAAUAUAGAAUUUUUUCGAUGUGUAUCACCGUUACGCAACGACCACGUUGGCGUUUCUUGGUGGUCAUGCAGUUAUGUAAUUGUCGCUGAUUUGCUCGUGAAAAGAACGUACGUCGACUUCGUAAUAGUAUUUAACAUAAGUUAAUAGUAUUUUAUCGACAAUAAUGUAUCUUGAUAUUCAUGUCAAUGAUAUGCGAUGUACGUUCAUUUCACGUAGAUUUCUAUGAUUAUAAAUGUAUUAAUGUAUAUUAUAAUAUAUAUUAUAAUAUAUAUUAAUGCGAGACGCGUCUUUCGAAAAUAUAUUUAAUGAAUCACAUUUUCCAUAAUGAUGAAGAAGUAUGGUCUAAAAGUUGAUAUAUCUAAUUCUCUUAGUUUCUACAAGUUUGAUUAUUAUUCUUGCAAAUUAAUUAAUUAUCAACUUUAUUUUUAAUUUUAAAAUUGUUUAUUUAUUUAAAUAUCGCACAAGUUAACUUCAAUUGAUGUUGCCAUUUCACCAGUUUGCUCAAGAGAUUUAACACAUUUUCGGACGGUACCUCUCGCAUUGUGAUAAUUUUCGCUUUUCCGCUCCUCGAACGCGAUUCGAGAGAGCUUAAGUGUUGAUUGUUCCUAACGAACGACGGUUAUAUUUUAAACGCAUUGGAGAGUAUUCUCCUGUAAAAUCUAUCGUUUUAGCGCAAUAUUAUAAAAAGGCGUAAAAGUCGUGUUCUAUUUUAAAACACAUUGUCGUUUUCAAAAAAUUAUCUUCCGCUAUUUAGGGGCAAACUCCAUAUUGCAACUACACAGCUUUCGAAAGAAAGCAUAAACACGAAACUUUAGCCACAAUUAGUAUAUGUAUGUAUUCUUCUUCUUUCUUAUUUAUGAAUAAAUCUCGUUUGAAAACUUU